AUGUCUGUGGCACUCGGUUCCUCGUUCGAAGACCUCAUUUUACCAGAAGUGGAUACGGUGCUGGGAGACCUCCUCGCAUUGGCACGGAAGUUGGUAGACAUGAGCGCUUCAUUACCAGCCGAAAUGAGCGUUGAUAGAGAUGCCACUAAGUCCGGACUCGCAGAACCACCUAUUAGCCCGAUGGCGACCCCGACGAGUGGUGCGGUGCGUGGUUCACCCCAGCCUCACACAUAUACGCAACCCGAAAUGUACGUUGAUGCGCGCAAUGCAUUGGUUUCGUUCUCCAGAAUUGAGCAAGUCUGCAGCAGAUUCAGACGAGGGGGGGUUGAGGAGAGCUCAGACCGAACUCGUGUUUCGAAAGCUGCUGGACCCCCAUUCCCUGCCACCCGUCCUAGCGUCGCUACUGCCUCCGAAUACUCAAGCUUCCAGGCAGCAGCGGGAGAUUUGUUUACGCCAGCACGAUCAAUCUAUGCCGACGCGACGUUCCCAUUGGCAUACACCCAGACCGAGACGCAGCCCAUCCAUUCAUACGAUCCUUCGUCUGCCUAUGGUCCUGCAACGAGCCAUGGUUUCUCGUCUGCCUUCCGCUCAGCGCCAUUUGGAGGGUACUUGCCCCCUAUCGAGCCCCGGUACACCGGUGCGCGAUACGGUCGUGCCAAUCCAUUCAGCGCACCUCCUCCGAACUUCAGCCUUUUCGAGCGACGGGGGCCACCCACUCAGAGGCCAUCAAAUGAAGGGCAUAUAUACCCCAGACCUGGCCUAAUACCCAGGGCGCAAUUCACGACGCCACUGCAAGGCGGUGGGCCCAUCGUUAAGCCCCAGACCAACUCAACGGAAGACCGAGUCUACAACGCCCCACCGGCACCUCACUUUGUUGCUGCACCGGUUCCUAGGUUCCCCAUCACGUUCGACACCAAUCCUUUCAAUGUCGAUGCAGUUGAACGAACUCCUCCUGCGACCCCCCGACUCAACCUCGGCACUCUUGCACCCUCGCCGGUAGCAAGUACGCCGAAGGCGGAGGUAUCCCACGCCAGAAACGCGUAUCAGGACAGGCCCGUGUUUACCAACCCAUGGGAUAACAACAAGGUCAUUCAUGAGGAUACGUUCUCUGAUCUUGCUCCAGCUGCAUGUAUGCAGAGUGCUAGGGUCGAGAGCCCCAAACGUGAGGUGGCUGGUGGAUCUAAUCGUCGUGAAGAGACACCCAAUCAGACUAACGGAUUUGGGUUCGCAACCAGCUCCCGUACCAAGAUAGAAGGACUUGACUACAACGUCCCAUUCGAAGAUAUCUUCGACCUUGACCCCGCUGACCCGAGAAUCGCCUGGUGGACUGAUCCCUUCUCCACGGUCACCGAAGUGAGGAGACGGGGAGUGAUUGUCGGAGGCAAUGACGAGCGAGGUGGUGUUGGUGUUGGUGGUGGAACGGACCAAAUUGCCGAGCUUCGUCCGAUCGUGCCCGAUUCGCGCAAAUUUCACUCCGGUGUUUUCGCUGCAAAAUUGUGUCCGAGUAGGUAUUUAUUAGGGAUGAGUGUACAAUAA